GCACUAGACAACUCUGAUCUGCAGGAACGUCGUCACUUCCCUUCUAAUAAGACCAUUUGUGGAGGUGUGCCCAACUUCCGUCGGAUUCCUAACAAGAAUGGAGCAAUCAGUAUUGACCGACGUGGAGGGAUCAUAUGCACCAUCGAUGCAUUCAGCACUCGAUGUACCACUUGCGUCUCAACUUCUAACCGCUGGCUUUGACGUGAAGUCGAGACAUCUUGCGAAACUAGAUCCGAGGAAUCUGUUACCGAUGCGGAAGUACA